AUGGGGGAAAAAUUAGUUUUCAGAUACCAUAAAGCGAGUGGGAAGAUUAAUGGUGACUUCUAUGUGGUUAAUAUGGACCUGAGAGGUAUCAGCAAAUGGUUUAUUUUGAGUGUGAAUGCAGUGACUUAUGAGGACAUGCAUGUGGACUUUACUCAGGAAGAUCAGGAGAUCCUAGAUCCUUCCCAUAAGAAGCUCUACACAGAUGUCAUGCUAGAGACCUACAGGAAUCUCUACACUAUAGACAUGAAAGAAGUCAGAGUGCAGAGAAACCCUCCGAAUAUACUCACUGUGGUAAAGCCUUUGCUCACAGUGCUCACAGUCAUGCUCAAAGGCAUGAAAGGAUUCAUACAGAUAAGAACUGCUAUGAAGUUAUUCAGUGUGUUGAAGCCUUUGCACCUUACACAAGUCUCUAAAUACAGAAAACACAAAAUGGACAGAAACCUUAUGAAUGUAAUCAAUGUGUUAAAGCUUUUGCAAAACACAGUACUCUUAAAAGGCAUGAAAGAUUCGCAGGAGAGAGAAACCCUACAAAUGUUGCUGAAAUCGGCUUUCCCUGGGACCCACUUUAAGCACAGCAUCAGCCGCUACUCUUCCCGCUACUAA